AUGGCAAGGCGAGAGGCCGAAUCCCAAUUCUCAUCAAACGCAGCAACUCCAUCACAAAAAACAAAAUGCAGCCGUUGCUGCCGGAGUAGCACCGAACUCAAUCUAUACCGGAAAACGCCGGACGGAGUUAUUCUAUCGUCGGAGCCAGAGACAGCGAGAAAACCCCCCAGAUUCACGAAAAUGAAUUCUGCUCAAGUUAUAGCGUUCCAGCCUGGGAUUUCUGUGAAAAAUUCUAAGUCAUUUGUUAUUCCAAUGACUGUUAUCACUAGUUUUCCUCGGAUUCAGAGUAUUAGCAUAAGAGAUGAUGAACGUUCAUUUAGAUUGAAAUCUCUAAAACCUCUUCGUGCCGGUGGAAAAGGAAUCAUGGGAAAUAAUGAUGAGGAUUCACCGUGGAAAUCUCUUUCAAAUGCGAUGGACAAAUUUAAGGGACAGUCAAUAGAAGAAGUAUUACGGAAGCAGAUUCAAAAAGGCGAGGUUUUUGACAAUGGUGGAAGUGGAUUAAAGCCUCCAGGAGGAGGAGGAGACGGUGGUGGUGGCGAUGGCAGUCCCGAUGGCACUGGUGGGUUUGAAGAUGAAGACUAUGACACUCGCCAAGUGAUUUUGGCAUCUGGUGCCUUAAUAUCUCUGUAUAUCUAUCUCAUCAGGGGGAAGGAGCUUCAAUCUCUAUUUCUAGAUUUUCUGAAGUAUUUGGUUGGCAGAGGUCAGAGUAAUCGACUUCAGAGGGCUAUGGUAAAAUUGGGAAAACUGUACAGGAGUAUAAAACUGAAGAAAGUGACUGAUGAGUACUUUUUGGAGAAGGCCAUUUUGAGUACCCCAACCUGGUGGUAUGAUCCUAAUGAUUUUCGUCGAGCCGUGAGGAAUUACUAUCUAUCAGAAGAAGAUGAAUAA